AUGCCUCGCUGGACCUUCGAAGUCACCCCGGACACCCUGUCCAGUGACGAAAAAGAUAGAUUGGCCGAAGCCAUCACCAACAACUACGUCGGACUGGGCAUCCCCGCAUUCCUAGUGAACGUCUUCUUCCACGAAAACCGAAUCGGUACCUUCUACAGCGGCGGGAAAACACCCCCGAACACGGUCUUCUUCGUCCUCGACCACGCAGCUCGAGCAUUUCCGAGCGAGGAAGUUCGCCUGGCUUUUAUCGACAGCGUGAAUAAGAUUGUGGAACCCAUUUUGGGACCCAAGGGUGUCAAGUGGGAAUACAAUAUCUACGAACACCCUGCUGAUAACUGGCGUGUGAAUGGGAUGAUUCCACCGGUGCAGCAGAAGGAGCUCUGGCAACAUUGGAUGGAUCGAAAUGAGGCUGUCAAGUAUGGUGAAUAUCUGCAAAUCGACAGAGAAGAGUGA